AUGAAUAAGUAUCCAAUAUGUCUAUCUUAUUGUAAGAAGGCACUUGAAAUUAGGGAGGAUGGGACAAUUUACAAGUUGAUGGGAAAGGUACACCAAGGCCUAAACAAUACAGAACUGGCCAUUAGAUACUUUGAACGGUCAAGCAAGUUACAAGAACAUGACUCGUUGCUGUAUCUUGCUGAGAUUUUCAAGAAUAAGAAUGAUACAGCAAGAGUACUGGAACUGUAUGAUCAGUAUUUAAGGGUUGGGGAGAAAAAUGCCAAGACAGUUGCCGAGUAUCUUGCAAAUUACUACGAAGAACAGGGAAACUUUAUUAAGAUGGAGGAAUACAGACUAAUCCAAAAUAAAUUGUGA